CGGCUUACACAGGGAGACACUGCAGAACCAGUUUGCUCUCGGAGUCAGUUUCACGGUGUAACUUACCACCACCACCUCCCGGCUGUGACUUCGCACGCGAUCGAGGAGGGGGCAAAGGAAAUUGACGCAAGAAAACUCGCUCGCAAGUUUUUUUUUCUGUAACGCUCCCGUCCAAGGAGAGGGGAGAGCCGGACUUAAUAAGAACCGACUGCGAGAGAGCGCUACCCAGUCGGGUUUUGGACAGAGACAGAGAGCGAGAGGACAAAACAGGAGCCCAUUAAAGUUGAGGGGAAACUUCCAACAAUGUUGAAAUUCUGGGCACUAGUUACGCUGCUUCUCGUUUCCCUCUGCGGUAUUUCUUCAGCUAAAACGCAAAGGGAGUUCUUUUCCGAAAGGAACCACUUCAAUGACCUGGAGGGUUCAGGGUUCGACGGACUAAAUAAACUUCACCCUGAUGAGCUAGAAGAUGGCUCUGGUUUUGCCUCUGGAGAUGACAACGAUAUGGAUGGGGGUGCAGAACCAAUCGAUGAUGAGGAUGAUAUUGACAACGGAAUUGACGAAGGUGAUGAGGCAACAGAUAACUACGUGGAUACCGCUGUUGAGAAAAAUGAGGUGCAGCAGGUGAACAAUGUCCCAGCAGAGAAAGACCUUGACAACAGGGUUGCCAUGGCAAGCACAAACAAUGGCAGCAGUGUCUUUGAAAGCACAGAGAUGCUAGCAGCAAUGAUUGUCGGGGGUACUAUUGGCCUUCUGUUUGCCAUCCUUCUCAUCCUGCUGCUAGUUUACCGCAUGAGGAAGAAGGACGAAGGCAGCUAUGACCUGAGCAAAAAACCCAUCUACAAGAAGGCACCAACCACUGAGUUCUAUGCGUAAGCCUCAUGGGUGCCUGAGCUUCUGAACAACAGACUUUAUCUUUCCAAGAGCUUCCGCCUUAAGACAAAGACAAAAGUGGAGCCAAAUUCUGCAAUUAGUUUAAAAACUUCCAAUAAAUAUAUAUAUAUAUAUAUUAAGAAAGGCCACUUUUAAGUGCUGGAAAAAAUGUUGCCUAACCCAGAUUAAAAGCAUUUUCAAAUGGAUGUGCCUGGACAAAAAAAAGUCAUCUGUUAUCAUCUGCGAUGAGUAUCUCUACCGAGAUCUGUUGAGGGAGCGAAGAAAGGUUUCACGUUUCCAAUCCCUGAAAUCGUGGCUGGUUUUCAAUACUGCCAUUCCUGGGAAGGCAGGAAAAUCCACGGAUUUUCCACAGAAAUCCACGGAUUAAACACUAAUUGGCAACUUGAUCAACGGCCUUUUUUUUUAAGAACCGUGGUUGCAUUUCUACAUUUCUUUUUAAGAAUUUUAAAUAUUUGACUGCUCAAGUAUUUUUUUUCCCCCCAUGCAGUAAACUAUUAGUUGCUUGUGUUUUCCCCCCAACCUUAGAACAAAUAAAUUGGAAUUUUUAUAAAUGGGUUGGUGACAUACCUAGAGUAACAAUGAUUAUUACAAAUACUAAUAGCAUAAAAUUAUAUUCCUAUAACAUCACUGUCAAAGAAUUUUGCAGAACUGGUUCUAACUAAAAUUUCAUGCUUUUUUUUUAAAAAAAAUAAUUUAUCUAUAAAAUAUUUUAAUUGCAGCCUCUUCAUUUAUUUCAAGGUGUGAUUUAUUUUGAAUGUUUCAGUUGAAUGAUGUUUAAUUCCAGGAUGUAUGUUUCUGCUAUUUUUAUUUUAUGAACAAUAUGACAGUACCACAGUCGGGUUUCAUACUGGAAUAGUCACUAUUUAGAAGUCAGUGCAUCACAGGAUAAUGUGGGGUCAGUCACUCUGAAAGUGAUAAACGUUUUACUGUUGUUAUUUUAAACCGGGUUUCUUUUUAUGUAUUAUUAAUUUAACUCUGUUCCUGAAAGUGCCCAUUUUACAUCCUGAGCAAUUUUAUGACCUCUCCAAUCUUCAUCCAAUUAGUGACGAGCUUGACCUAGGCCCAUGUUGUUGCUAGGAAACUCCAGACCUUCUGUGCAAGAAAGAUGCAAAAAGUCAAACCCUUUAUCAGUUCAAGUUCCUCUUCCUGGCUAUUUGAAGUUGUUGUACAAAUGACAGAAUUAGAGAGAGCAAUUUAUGGAUUAAAUUGUUUUAUAAAUAAAGGAAUGUUUUCUCAUGUACAGCUGUAGAUCCUAUGACGUAAAAAGGGUUUUGAUGUGUUUCAUAAUUUAAUAGCAAUGCCAUUGAUACAGAAACACUAAGAGAAAAUUCCCUUUGGUUCUCCCGGUGGAAAAGCUAAGCUUUCAACUGGUAUCCAUGUGAGACUAAGAAGAAAUACACUAAACAGUGUGGUGGUACCAGCCCUGUUGAGAGACCAAAAUACAACAACAUUUCUACUGAAACAACAUGCAGUUUCAUAUUUUUGUAAUCAAACUUGUCACAAGAGCUUUGCAAAAGCAUUUUUCCAGACCACAAUUGACUCUGCCACAUUACAGCAGCUUUAAGGACAAGUUGAUGAGUUUGGUUAAUGUUUUUUUAAGGAGAGGCUUAAAGGAAGAGAAGUUUAGGGAGGGAAAUUGCAGAGCUGGGGCUUAGAGGGUUGAAAGUAUGGUUUUAAAUCCUCGAAUGAGAAUUCAGUCAGGCUUUUCAAAACCAAAAGUGUAAUGCCAAAGGUUUAGUUUUAGCACUUUAGUUUUGUUAAGUAGUUUCUUUUGACAUCUUUUUCGCUCUGCACAUUUUGGGUAUUCUCCACCAAUUAGCCCCAAUUCUUCUCCCUUAAACAUGUGAUUGCCACAGAGAGUAAGGUACCCCUUUAAUCCUGUGGGGACUGGACUCUUUUUUAAUAGAGGUUAACAUUCUGUGAACUGACUUAGAUGACUUGCCAAUGUGACCUAGCGGGUUGCCAGGUGGAUAACAAGGAAGAUGGCCAGAGGAGAUGAUGGCUUUGAAACCAUUAGCUUUUAUCAAUAAGGCCUCAAUAUCUGUUGCUUUACUAGGGCCUAGGCCAUUGGAGAGGCAGCCAAUAUCCUCACUUACUAUAUAAAAAGAAACCAUUUUGAGGGCUCAUUCAGUUGAGUUAACAUUUGUAUAGUAGGUGACCAAAACCCAACGUCCAACCAUUAUUCCCACCUCUUCAGCUGUUCAGUAAAGGGGAUUGAAAUCUAAAAGGUUAUUUUCUUUAGUCAGAGUUUGUCUCUGAAAAGUUUUAGCAAAAAGUGUUCACUUACUGGCUCCAGUAUUUGAAAAGCGCACCAGGUACAGAACUUUAUAAAAGUAUAAUGUUUUUUGGUUCUUCAAUAAAACUAUAUAUUUUGAUAUAUAAAA